AUGAAUAGCGUUUCCCACGAUUCUACAGCUUUACCAAUGACACUAGUGCAUACACCUUCAACUCUGCCUAAUAGAAAUUCAGCAGGAACACUAAUAAAUGGAUCAUGUGUUCCCACAUCAUCAACUGGCUGUUGCUCAUCAAAUUUUAUGCGUCCUCUCUUUCACUUUACCGCACAUGAUACCGUAAUUAUUGCUAUGGAACACAACAAUCACGGAAAAUUACUGGCUAUUUCAACUUCAAAAAAUGAAGUAUUUGUAAUGUCGACGCGUAACAUGCCCGUUGAGGAAGCUUUAUUAACUGAUGAAGAACAUUUAAAGUGGGAUCCUGCAAGCUCUAUUCUCUUAAUUGAACACCUGCGUUAUCCCUGUACCUGUCUUGCUUGGGCACCGUGGCAAUACGGGAUGUAUUUGGCUUGUGUUUGUCGAGGAAAACAGGUGCGAUUCUAUCGUCAAGCCCAUGGUCAUUGGUCUUUAGAUGAUGUGCUGACUGUACCAGAUUGUAUCUCGGCAUCGUUUUCUCUUCAUUUUACUAUGGCAUGCGCAUGUGCGAAGGGAAAGGUUAUGAUCUUUGCACAAGUUAUAGAAAAUGAAGGUAAUGUGUGGUCCCCUGUAAGUACGUACUCCCAAGAAGAUAAGGAUACUUCGUCAAAUCCAUUAGAGAAUAGAAAUCGAAGUAUUAAAGGAUACACUUGCUGUGAAUGGGAUGAAACUGGAACUUUACUUGUAGUAGGUGAUGAAGAAGGGGUUUUUCGUGUUUUAAACGUCACUGGUAAUGGAAAAAAUAUUGGAGCUGUAGCAUAUGUUUCAGAACCUUUUUCCGGUCGUGGAAGAUGUCUUCGACAGGUUUCAUGGUCACCAGGCGCAGGUCGUAGUUUUCUUGUACUUGCUGCAGUUUUCUCUUAUCAAGUGUCUCUCUUCUUUUUUAAGCGUCCUCCUUUAGGUGGUGGAGUACAAACUUCAGCAGGGGACCAACUCAUCUUAAUGGCAAAGGCGACUGUUUCCAUGGAAGAGGUGACACAACUCUCAUGGAACACUAAUGGGACGCGUUUUAUUACUGCUCACACAGAUGGUGCAGUUUCUGUAUGGUCAGUGAAUGUGUCUUAUCAGAGAAAUCAACAAGUUCCUCUUACUGAUGUCGUACGUGGUGGUGGUGGUGGUGGUGGUGGUGUCAGUAGCGGUGCUAAUAAGAAAAAUGGUAAUACUACUAACAGUGGUAUGCCAUGGCUAGAGGAAGCUUUAACACUCGUAACCUCUAUUCGCAAGGUAUCCGUGGUUCACCCAUAUCACGGGGCAAGGCAAUGA